AUAAACAAAAAGCUACGUGAACGCAAGUUUUUGUUAACAAGAUUUUCUUAUAUUACACCAUCAUUAAAACACUAAAUCCAAAAAUAACUUGUCCUACCUAGUUGAUUCCUAAAAAUAAAACAAAUCAGUUGUAUUGCCCUCUAUUUUAAAGCUGGAAAGUUUACUGAUUUUCGAUUUUUCCUUCGGAAUUCAACAUAAUUGUUAAUUACGUUUUAGCUAGUGUUACAGUAUUUUGUUAAUCGUUUAGGUUAGGUUGACAGCAAGAAGCCGGCUAUGGAAGAAGAACAGGAGCAAGGGGCUGCUGCAGCGGCCGGCGUUGAAGGGGCUACAGCAGCGGCCGGUGAUCAAGGGGCCGCAGUAGCAGUUACUUCGGCUGUUUUUAGGAAAAAACAUCGUAAGAAGGACCCCAAAUCGUGGGAGAAUAUUUCAAAAGUGGUUGCAGCGAUGGAUGAAGCAAGCAAACUGUCUUACAUUGAAGAGAAAUAUCAAGAUUUGCAUGACCAAGUCCGGUUACUGACGGGCAGUAAUCAGCAACUGUUGAAACACAAUUCAGCUAUUCAAAGAGAAAGGGAUCACCACCAAAGCGAAUUAGCAAAAAGUGUGGUAGCUAGAGCUCGGCUUGAAAAUUUGUGCCGUGAACUGCAGAAACAAAAUAAACAAAUAAAGGAGGAAAAUUUGGUCAAAAUAAAGGAAGAGGAAGAACGCCGCAAGGAGGUUUCUUCAAAAUUUGCUGAUAAGCUGAGUGACAUUAACAACAUGAUGGACGAAAAUAAGGAGAAAAGUGAAAAAUUACGCGAGGAGAAUCUCAGAAUGACCGCUAGAUUGGCUGAUUUAUUUAACCAAUUCAAAAAACGUGAGGAGGAUAUUGCAAGGAUGUCGCAUCAGCUGGAAUUAGAGCGCAAAUUUUCCCAAGCUACUAUAUCUAAAAUGGACUUGGAAAUGAAGGCACAAAAAGAAGUACAUGCCAAAGAGCAAGAACUCAUGAAAUGUAACCUUGAAAAAAGCGAGGCCAAUUGUACCGUCCUCUUAGAGACAGUUAAAGGUCUUCAAGAUCAUAUUGACGUAUACAAAAAUCAGUACCAAGAUUUUGAAUCAACAAUGACCAAAAGCGCGAAUGUUUUUGAUAACUUUAAAACAGAAAUCGCUAACAUGACUAAGCAAGUAGCGGCUUUGGAAAAAGAAGCACAGUUUUGGAAAAAUAAAUUUAAUGACAGUAUGAAAGCCUUGAUUGAGAUGAGCGAGUUGAAAAAAAAUCAGGAUUUGUAUCUCCAAAGUCUUGAAAGGAAAGUCGAACAAUUGAAUAAAUUAUGCCGUCAGAUACAAGUUGAUCGUAGUCAUUAUUUGAAGUUGUUGAAAAGUUAUGGAAUUGAACCUACUCCUAGUCAACCACAAGAAAAAACUGAAGAGGCUAAGAAGGCGAGUCCAACAAUGACCAAAAAAGAACAAGAAUUACAUUUGCUUAAAGAAAACUUGAAGGCCGUUCAAGAUCAAUUGGCAAGACUGAAUGUUGAAGGAUCUGAGAAAACUGAAACAAAGAAGACUGAUGAGCAGACUACUAGUCAGGAUGAAGCACCACCAUGUGCCAAAUGUACCCCCCAAACUAUAAUUGCAUACCCUGAUGAAGCUGAUUUUGUGGACGUUUGCUUGGUGACAGAUCCAGAGGAAGAUCAGACACCAAAAACUCCAGAGGAAAGUCAGUAAAAUGAUGUCUCCAAAAUAUCAACUUGUGAUUUUUUACCAGUGGUGUUAGAAUUUAAUUUAUUUUUCGUGUUUUUUUCUAAAGUACUUAAAUAUUACAUUUUGAAAUGUUUUUUGCAUGUUAUCUAAAGGAAACAGUGAUAUUACUCGAUUUUUUUGUGAUUUUGUUUGAUAGGUGUUUUAAUGUAACGUGACCUGUCUUAAAUUUAUAUUUGUUUCAGAGUUUGUAUUCAGUUAAUUUAGUUAAUGUUAUAUUUUUCAGAAGACUUUUUUGGUUUAAUUUUUGAAAUAGUACUAUUAACGUGUUCUUGUAACUUGUUUAAUUACAGUGCCUUUAACUUUGUUCUGAGAAUUAUCUAAUAAAAAUUUU